AGAAAAAUAAAAUCCCCAAAAAAUAAACAAACAAUAAUAAUUAAUUAAUUCAAGAUCAAUUCUCCGAUAGACCAUAUCCCUCAUCUGUUUUCUCUCUCUCUCUUACCCUUCACUUCUUUCUCCCUCAUGUCUCAAUACGUAUCAGCUGAAAAAUUGAGCUCAUUACUGAAAUGGCCGAAACUGAUUCAGGCUAUAAAGGACAUUUUCUGUGCUACCAUCGAGUGUCCUCCAAGACUCCACUAUUCUAUUGCUAAUGCAUCGGAUUCGACGGCUCCUCCUGCAGGAACGAUGCUCAUUAUGCCGGCUUGGAUCCCGGGAAAGUUCAUUGGGGUGAAGCAAGUAAACGUCUUUCCCGGAAACAGUCAACUAGGACUCCCGGGUUUGAGCAGCCAGUACUUACUUAGUGAUGGUCUUACAGGAAUGCACUUAGUGCAGUUGGACGGUAACGAGUUAACUGGCAGGCGUACGGCUGCUGCGUCUGCUUUGGCUGCUUCGUUUUUGGCUCGUGAGGACGCUUCGUCCUUGCUCAUUCUUGGUGCAGGAAAGAUUGCCGAGAAGCUUGUUCAUGCCUACUUGGCCAUCCGACCCAUUCGUCGAAUCCGAAUUUGGAACCAUCGUCUCGCUUCGGGUGAACGUCUUACCUUAAAACUUCAAGAGCAGCUGAAGGACCGAGAAUUAGACAUUGCUUGUGUGCCUGAAGAAAGUCUGGCUCAGGCUGUCGGCGAAGCUGAUAUUGUGUCUGCGGCAACACUCAGCAAUAAGCCUCUGAUUCAAGGAAAUUGGCUCACCGAAGGGACACAUGUUGAUCUUGUCGGCGCCUUUACUCCUGCCAUGCGUGAAACGGACACUGACUGUAUUCGUUUGGCCGAGGUGUUCGUCGACACUCGGACUGGUGCUUUGAGUGAACCAGGCGAUCUUUUGACACCCAUGAAAGAGGGUGUCUUCAGUGCAAACGACGUACAUGCUGACUUGUUUGAUUUAUGUAGGGGCACUCACCGUGGAAGAUCCCAACUCGAAAAUGCGGACCAAGCUAUCACUCUCUUUAAAUCCGUCGGCGACUCUCGUGAAGACCUUGCAGCAGCCAUCCUCGCAUACAAUUCCCUUCAAAACACCGCUGAGUAAUGCACUUUACUUAGCAUGAUAUUCAUAGAUUUAUAGACUUUUUGUUAGAAAAGUUCCUUUAAGGAAACACUAAAAAUACCCUCAGAUGAGAAUUCUCUUGAUAUCAAACAGGACAUAUUUAAAUAAGUAUAUACCUUUACGAAUAGUCUCCUUAUUCAAUAUACCACUCGUCUGUAUCAGCUUCCAAACCUCUCUUCCC